GCUGGAGCCAACAGAUUCCGCGUAGACGCGUUAUGGGUGGCCCCAUGGCACUUUGAUACCAUUAUGGGUGGCCCCAUGGCACUUUGAUAACUAAGUGGUAUACGCAAUUCGCAGUCACAAGGUCACAUGGGCGUCCAAUAUUUUAUUGCGCCGUUUAAUGUACAGAGAUGUUCUAGAGUAGGAGCUUUUUGUGUCUAAAUAUUUCUCUGUUGCUGCUCUGAGUUGAAAUGAAUUAAGUUUUCUGCAAUUCAAUUGCAAUGGAGAUUCAGAUCGAUAGGUUGAGUGACUUGCCUGACAAUUUACUGUGCUGUAACAUUCUUUCUCAUCUCUCUUUGAAAGAUAUAAUUCGCAUCUCUGUUCUGUCUCACAGAUGGAAAACCCUUUGGACAAACAUUCCCCACAUCGAUUUUUCUGAGUCUGUCUUCGAUUCAAUCAUAUUACUUCUUUCCCACCUUGUGAAAAUUCCAGACGUCAACCACCCAGUUAAGUACGUGGAAAAUUUGAUAAACAAUAUCCUUUCGCUUCACUCUGCCCCUCUUGAGAGUCUACGGUUUGAUCUUUCCUUCCAGGAAGGUCAGAAUCGAUUAGGGGAAAAAGUACUGAACAAAGUGAGCAUUGAGCGAUGUAUAAAUCUGGCAGCUGUGAAGGGAGUGAAAAAAGUUGCUCUUCAUUGCAGGGUAAUGUGGGGGAGGCAUUUACCACCUUCUCUGUUUGCCUGUGAGCUUUUGAGGGUUUUGGAAAUUGAGGGUUUUUGGUUUACAGCAAUACCUAGAGAGUUUAAGGGUUUUAUGUUUUUAAAGGCUUGUUCGUUUUGGGAGGUUGCUGAUUUGACUGAUGAGAGACUGCAACAGCUCAUAGCAGUGUGCCCACUUCUUGAGAAGUUGGUGAUCAAGCGCUGUGCCAGCUUGUUUAAUUUGAGCAUCUGUGCACCCAAUCUGAUUUACUUGAACUUAGGAACUUCUUCUAUAGAAAACGUUAUAGCAGAUUGCCCCCAGUUGGUCGAGAUCAAAAUAAAGGAUUGUUUCAUGUUGUGUAAAUUUGAGCUUAAUUCGUUCCCAUUUCUGCAAGAAAUGGAGGCAUCGGAAAUUUCAGCACUUACAGAGCUUCCAGCUAUGAAAUCCUUGAAAAAGUUGUCCCUUCGAAUAGGGAUAGAUAGCCCAUUUGGGGUCCUCGUCGGCACCUUUCCAGACCUUGAAGAGCUCAAAAUCACAGACAUUCUUAUCCAGCCCUUUUGGGGAUGGCAGGACAUGGCGACAGGGGAAGUGGCUGCAGACAUGGCCUUUCCAAAUCUGAAGAAAGCAGAUGUACAUAUUUCAUCAGACAUAUGGGGUCAAAAGGAAGUGGCUUUGUUGGAUUUCUUUCUUGACAAUGCUCCCAAGUUGAACUCUAUGAUUCUCUGCGAAACUCCAAUUGGAACAACAUUAUUUACUGAUCCAGAGUUCAUGAGUCAGUUUACUUAGGAUUUGGAAUACAAAUUUGUAGAAUUGGGUUUCCACUGUAUUGCCGUAGAUUAGAAAGGUGGAGUAAUACUGUGUAGAACAGGAUAGAUGAUAAAGGAAAUACAUGUAAAGCUUGCAGCUUCUUUUAAUGGUGGCUUACUACUAGAUUUCAAUGCCUUUGCAUCUAGUAAGGGCACUUGUACAGCAGUGGUAAUAUUCUACUUUAUAUGGUCUUAUAGAAGGGAUGCUAGAUUUUAAAGGAAACAUAUGUGUAGCUUUCAGCUUCUAUUAAUGGUGCCUUACCAUUAGAUUUCAAUGCCUUUGGAUCUAGGAAGGGCCCUUGUAAAGCAGUAUUCGACUUUAUAUGGUCUUAGUUUUGAUUCAGUAGAUUUGAUUAAUAGUUGAAAGGGUAUGUUAUCAUUUUCAUCCCCUUAUUCUGCUA